CUGAGUGUUUCAACACCGUCGACGAAGGCGUCCGUCUCUCCUGCAUCAUUCACGGGCUCUAAACACUUUUGCCUGAAGAGGAUUAUAAUAAAACCCACUUCAAUGACUAUUUAGUGCACCGUGUUCUCUAAACAGGUUGGUAUAAUGGAGAACCCCACUGAGGAAUACAAGAUCCAGUCAUUUGAUUUGGAUACACAGAUGUUACUAAAAACAGCCCUAAAAGAUCCCAGUUCUGUCAACCUUGAAAAAGUAGCAAAUAUUAUUGUGGACCAGUCUAUGAAGGAUCAGGUCUUUAGCAAAGAAGCAGGACGCAUCUGUUACACUAUAGUCCAGGCAGAGUCAAAGCAGAACAAUGGGAAUUUUCGGAGGAAUCUUUUGAAUCGACUCCAACAAGAGUUCAAGGAUAGAGAAGAAACAAGAAAGCGCUCAGUUCAAGAAUGGGUGUGCUAUGUCACUUUCAUCUGCAACAUAUUUGACUACCUCAAAGUAAACAAUAUGCCAAUGGUGGCCCUGGUGCAUCCAGUGUAUGAUUGCCUGAUGAGGUUGGCCCAGCCUGAUGCUCUGACAAAUGAGGCAGAGGUCGAUUGCCUGGUUCUUCAACUACACCGAAUUGGAGAACAGUUGGAGAAAAUGAACAGUCAGCGCAUGGAUGAGCUGUUUUACCUGCUGCGUGAUGGGUUUCUGCUCCAAGAGGGGCUCACAUCCAUGGCCCGCCUGUUGCUAUUGGAGAUUCUGGAGUUCAGAGCUGGAGGCUGGUUGCUCAGUAGUACCGCUCAUAAAUACUACUACAGUGAAAUCUGACGUGGCUGAAGGACUUGUUUUCCAACAUCUGUAAAACUUUGACCUGGCUAAAGAUUGUAAGACCAAUGAUAUUCACCAGCCAACACGUUCAAGGAAGUGUUUCAAAGGAUACUGUUUAGUUUGAUCUGUAUUAGGACCAAUAGUUUUUCUAGUUUUUAAUUUUUUAACCAAAACAUGGUGCUCUGGAUCUGGAAGGAGUGAACAGAUUUUUCCUACAGAUACUGUUUACUUUUAUAGUUAAGCUUUAAAUUUUGAUUGCAGUGAACAAAUUUCUUUACAAAGAAUUAAUUUUAUGUAGUAAUAUUAAAAUUGGUUAGAACAUUUACAUUAGAUUUCUGUCUUUUUGCAUAGUUCAGUUCUGAUUAACAUGUAUUUUUAUUUAUUCUGUAAUCAGUACCAUUCAAUUAUUACCAGAAUUGAUUUGCUGCUGUUAUAAAAAUUUGCAUACAUAAUGCAUAACACAAGAGGUAUAGGAGAAUGAACAUAGCUAGUUUCUAGAAGGUGGCUCUAUAAUUAACUGCAGAAAAAAAACUUUUGUAUAUUUUAUGUUUGGCUACCUUAAUUUUGCAGUGCUUAAAAUGGUAUUGGUAAUUGUUGAUUCGACCAAAAAAUAGACUUGCCAAUAAAUACUAUAGUUUUAUUUGUCUAUUUUGACAAUCAGUCUAAUGUAGAGAAUCUUCAAUUUGAUACACAAAAAGUAUAAAGCUUUCCUCCAGGCAUUUUUAAGUAGGACUCCAGUGGUGGCUAUGUUGUAAGUUUACAAGUUGUAUUUAUGAAAAUGUGCGAUUUUUAUCAAUGCUUUGGUUGUGUAUAUUAUCUUUGUUUCUAAUAAAUCUAUUUUUUCCCA